UGGCGGUCAGUGUAGUAAAGGGAACUUCUCCAUGGUCUUUAUUAUUUCUGCCUUCGCGUUUUAUAUUGAGACAUAUGAGCAUUUAUGGCACGUUUCCAUAAAAUAUCACCAUAAACCUCCUUCGCUACGCGCCACACGUGCCGGAGCUUAAAAUAUAAAAUUACGUUUAAAUUACGUUUGUCAGAACAAUGGCGGAUGAAACUGAACCAAAAGCACUAAAGAGCUCUGAACCCUCCAUGAACCGACACAAACCAGCUUCAAAUACAACUCAGGACAUUUCUCAUCUACUGGCCGGCAUAUUCAACGACCUUUACACCAUAGAGGUGAUUGGGAAGGACACUGUUUCUAAUCUUAGUAAAUCACGCAGAGGAAGCAACAACUACCAUGAAAAAUUUGUGGAAGAGCUACAGCAGGUGCAUUCUGAAUACAACAGACGGAUGCAGAACGCUGACAUGCUGGAAACACACAUUAUACAGGCCCGACUGCAAGCUGCUGCAAAGGAGGAGCACGAUCACAACAGAAUCAUGGAAGAAGUGGGUGAGGCCUACCGUCAGCUGGGUCUUCCCCCAGUUAAAUCAGCUUUCAAGUGGUGUGUGGACAGUGAGCUUCUCAGGAGCAACAACUUGAUUUGUCCACUGGACUAUACAACAGUGCACACCCCAGUUGUUAAAACCCCAAAAGGCACGUUCACUCCAGGCUUUGCCCAGCCAACUGUCUCCUAUAAUAUGCACAUUUGCACCGAACCACAGGAUGAUGGUUACAAUCCUCUCCGCCCACCUGCGCAUACGGCCCAGAGCCUGUUGGAACAAUCAGAGGAGACACUCACACUCUCUUCCUCUCCAGAGUCCUGCUCCAUCAAGGGCACCGAGCUAGGUUUGGUGCAUAAGGCCUCUUGGAUGGAGGAGUCUAGCGCUCAGAGUCAGGCAGAAGACAGGGCUUCCCUGCAGAAACACAAAGACCAACACAAGUUCCUGCGCAACCCUCGCUUCCUGCUCCCAAAUGCUCAGCGUGGGGGAAAGUCUCUCAUCAUGCCAGGGAAGAGGCUGGAGAAUGUGGAAAAGGGAAGGAAAAACACUGGCAGAGAGAGUCCUGGUCUCGCUCCCAUCUUCACUGCGAAUCCAGCUGUGAUCUUCUUCACUGACUACAGAAUAGGACAAGUCUAUGAGACUGCGGUGGAGCUCAAAAACAUGACUGCGACCAGCCGUCACAUUCGAAUGAUUCCUCCAACCUCCCCACACUUCUCUGUUGGUUUGGGCAGGUUCCCUGGUGAGGGGGGGAUUGUCGCUCCUGGAAUGAGUUGCCAGUAUAUGGUGCGUUUUGCUCCAGACUCUCUGGCUGACUAUGAGGAUGUUCUGGUUGUGGAGACGCAGUUGCCAUAUCCUCUAAUUGUACCAAUAGAGGCCCGCAGACCCCCUCCAAUACUCAGUUUGCCUGUUGUCAUGGACUGCGGUUACUGCCUUGUGGGAGGGGUGAAGUUUAUGGAGGUUUUAUGUCGGAAUGAAGGACUGAGUGCAGGAACAUUCUGUGUAAUGCCAAAGAAACAGUGGCCUGCAUCAAGCCUUAGGUCUGCAGUGAAGUCUACUUUCGCAGAACAGCCUCCCUUUGCCAUCAGUCCCUCUAUUUUCGGUCUUCUCCCUGGUCAGGCCACUGUCAUAGAGGUUGUGUUUUUCCCCACAAUUGCUGAGAUCUCUACUCAGGACUUUACCAUUGUCUGUGACAACUGCCAAGUGAAGGACAUCACCCUGCAAGGUACAGGUCAGCUGAUCACUGUGGAGCUGGUUUCAAUAUCAGGCGGAGAGAAUCAGCCUGAAUUGGGGGAGUUGUGUGAUAUCACAGCUGACCAUUAUGUCAGAUUCAACCCAACCAAUCCACAUUCCACCUUACAGAAGAUGGUUGUCGUGAAAAACAAUGCACACUUGGAGCUCCCGUACCACUGGCAGAUCAUGAAACCCAACCUUCAAUGUCUGUUGCCUGGAGAGACUCCAGACCCCUCCAGCAUUCAGCAUCUUCUUGAUACAGACAGUGUGUUCAGCAUUACUCCAGUCAUGGGCAUCCUGAGCCCUGCAGAAGAACAUGAGUUCCUGCUCACAUACUGUCCAAAGGAUUUGAAAGACUACCACAGUGUCUGCCGGUUGGUGAUCAUGGAUGUUCCCGAUCCACCUAGAAUCGGUGACGAUGGGACGUGUCUCAACACAGCUCUCCAUGUAAAUGAUGUGACCGUUUUAGAGGUUGAAGUGAAAGGUUCUGCUGAGCCAUAUAAGAUUCUUCUUGAGCCGUAUGCCAUUUUAAUACCAGGGGAAACCAACAUACACAACACAAUCCGCAAGAGAUUCAAGAUGUGGAAUCACAGCAAAUCAGUCAUUAACUUUGAAUGGGAGCGCGUUAUUGACAGUCAUGUAAUUGAAGUGGAGCCUUCAACAGGAGAAAUAGAGAUGAAUGAGUGUUUCGAUAUGGAGUUGGCUCUGACUGGAAAGAAUCCAGGUCAUUUUACCUCCACCCUGCAGUGUCACAUUCAGCACCAUCCUAAAACUAUAGGACUGACCAUUGAGGUCACGUUUAAGGGUCCGCAUUGCUCAGUGAAUGUGCCCAGUCUGGAUUUUGGUUUGCUGCAAAUGGGAAGUGAGAGCAUCUCUUCCAUCGAUAUCACCAACAACAGCCUUCUAGAUGCCAACUGGAGCCUAGAGGAGCUGUCCAACACCAAGCCGACAAUCAAGGGCCUGGUGUAUAUGAAUCCAAAUAAAGGUGUGCUGCCUCCCCUGGCAUCCUGCAGUGUGGAUGUGGCCUUCAGGGCCCUGUACUGCCAGCGUUUUGAAUCGGUCCUACAGCUUACUGUACUCAACGGCACUGGCUGUCACAUCUCUGUACAAGCAGUGGUCCAGUCUCCUCAGGUGUGCUUGCUGAGCUGUGAGCUGGUGUUGACUGAUCUAUAUGUAGGUGUUCCACAGACAAGCAGCGUUACCCUGUUUAACCAAACACUGCUGCCAGCCCACUUCACCUGGAGCAAGCUCCAAGGUGCACAAGCUCAUUUGUGCUCUGCGACUUUCAGCCCCUCUGCAGGCACUCUGGAGCCCAAUGCCAAGACAGAAGUGUCUGUAUCAUUCACCGCUCACACUGUUGAGGAACUGACUAAAGUGGCUGCAGUUUGUGAAGUAAAAGGAAUGGAGAGUCCAUUAUUGCUGGGCUUUUUUUCUAAAGCUAAACCUCUCAGAGUUUCCUACUCACUGCCUUCUGACUAUACCAAUUCAAGGGAUGCUGAUCACCAACCAAUCACACUGGACUUCACUGAGCACGAGCCGGUUGUCAUUGGCAAAUCUAUCAAACUGCAGUUGCUGAUAACAAAUCACACCGCUAUUACUGCUCCAUUCACCGUUGAAGCAGAGUAUUUUACUGGAUAUUGUCCUUCACAAUUGGAUGAAAAUUCUGAAAGGAGCAGUGCACCUCUCCAUUCCAUUCAGGCCAAAAAAAUACAGCAGAAAGCGUUUGAUGAAUUUGUAAACUGUCUUCUUUCCCAUGGAAGAGGCGCAGCGUUCUUUGUUGAACCGAACAGUGGUUUGCUUGGCCCAUUUGAGACUCAAACCAUCAAUAUCACUGCUUUCACCAAUAUGUGGGGGAAUUAUCAAGACAAUCUCAUAUGUAAAGUUGGAGAUCUAGAUACAACUCCCAUUCCUGUCAAGAUGUCUGUGAGGGGCUGCCCAAUUUACUUUCAGAUGAUUGGACCACAGCCUGACAACCAGAGCCAGGGUCCAAUUAUACGGUUUGGAAGCCAUGUUUCUGGAGGAGACACUGUGUCACGCUCUUUACGGCUCAUUAACACCAGUCCGUACGAUAUCCGUAUGGAUUGGGUGACCUACAACUUGGAGGUUGGCGAUAGUAAAUUGAUAGAUCUGUUGGUUGCAUGUGGUGAGCCAUUUCCUCUGAAGGAUGCUGAUGGCAAUGAGGUUCUUGGAGGGCUGGACUCAUCCGUCAUGUUCCCGCCCACAUGGGAUGACAGCCACAGCAGCGAAGGAACAAGCUCGACUUUCAUGACCAAAUCUGAUGAUUUUGGAGAGAAUGAGGAAGAAUAUGAUGGAGAGGAGGGCAGAAGCCCUUCUAGGUCUCUUGCUCCAGUGAAGAAGCUGUUUUCUGUGUUUCUGAAGCCUCACGAAGGGAACGUCUCCGACUACCCAUACUGCAUCACUCCACAGCAAAUCGUAGUUCCAGCAGGGGGCAGUAGCACCAUUCAUGUGUCUUUUACUCCUCUGAUCCUGUCAUGUUCAACCAAUCAAAGAUGUAUCGGUUAUGCUCUGGGUUUCAUGAACCUGGACUCUAAGCUUGCAUCAUUAACUCCAGGCAAAGUGGAGAGAGCUCAGGGUUAUGAACUAGAACCUUUGAGGCUGGACAUGCAGGGCAAUGUAAAACCUGCCAUUUUGUCAGUGCAGAUGGCAGAGGAUACAGACGUACUGGAAUUCACAGCAGCUGCCAGUGAUACACUAGACGCGGCGUCACACACACAGAAGGAAUCCAGGAUAACUCGGACGUUCCAACUGAAGAACAAUACGGAUAUGGUCUUGAGUUUUAGACUGAGCACACACCCUCCAUUCUCAGUGCUGCUGCCCCGACAGAGCCUUAAACUGAUUAGCAGCUCACCCUCUAACAGACACACAACAGGACUCUCUGGACCAGGAGAUGAGCAAACAUCACUUCUGUUACAGCCUAAACAAAUCAUGCAGGUUAAGGUGGCUUUCCAUAAUUCAGCUUCACUCCUGACCUGUCUGAAUGAACCAUGUGAGGAAUCAGAUGCUCGGCCUUCUGCUACUCUUCUGUGCAAUGAUGCUGGAGAAAGGACACUACAGUUUCAGCAGAGUUUGACCAUUCAGUACAGCAAUAACAGCGUACAGACAGUGUCCCUUCAUGCUAAUCUGGCAUUACCGACACUGCACCUUUCCAGUUCCACUGUGGAUUUUGGCACCUGCUAUGUUGGACAAACAACUGUCAAAGAGGUCUACCUCUACAACAGAGGUGCCUCCUGUAGCUUCUGGACCGCACUUACAGAUGCUGAAGUGUUCAGUGUGAGUCCAGACUCUGGUGUGUUGAAAGCUCUUGGGGAUCCACCAUCCUGUAAGCAGCUGCUGCAGAUCAGCUUCACUGCCAGUGAUCAGAAAGAGUUCCAAACUAUUAUCACAGUGCAGGGGGUUCUUGGAGAGACACCACUUGUUCUGAAGGUCAAUGGAAGUGGAUCAUUUGAUGAGAGUUUUGUAGCUCCAAAAUCUGACACCUGACACUGAGUUCCACAUAUAAGACUGAAGAACUGAAACAUAUCUCUCUCUCGCACUCUCUGUAUAGACAUUCAUUAGUUUGAUUAGAUACUGAUCUCUGUAUACUUCAAAUACUGUAUUUGUGAAAGUUUUAUUCCUUUAAUUAUAAAUAUUAAAGAUCAACAUAAGGAAAUAUUAAAUGGCCUAGUGUAUGUUUGCGAAUUGAGAAUCAAAGGUCAAGUUGUAGUUAAACAGUUACUUCACACAUACACUACUGUUCAAAAGUUUGGGAUCAGUAAGAGUUUUUUGUUUUUAAAUGUCUUUUGUUUACCAAUACAGUAAAAACAGUAAUGUUGUGAAAUAUUAUUACAAUUUAAAAUAGCUAGCUACUGUUCUGUUUUAAUAUAUUUGAAAAUGUAAUGUAUUCUUGUGAUGGCAUAGCUGAAUUUUCAGCAGUUGUAUUGCUUAAUACAUUUUUUCAGGAUUCUUUAAUACAAAGUUCAAAAGUUACAAAAUUUUUAUAUUGUAAAUGUCUUUAGUUUACUGUCACUUUUGAUCAGUUUAAU